UCCCUCUAUACAUAUCCCUAAACUGCGUCUCUUCCCAGCACAGAAGGACAGGCAGCGAUGUCUGAACAGGUGGCGGCAGUGGCUGGAGGUGUAAUAGGGGCAGUGCUUCUAUUGUUUCUAAUUGGCUUUGGAGUCUACAUCCUAUGGAAGAAAAAGUGCAUUGGUCCUACCUAUGAGGAACUGUUAAAUGCAGCAACUCCAACACAAACAGAAAUCACUGGUGUAGAGCAGAGACUAUCACCGUCAUUGGGUUAUGCCAAGGAUUCAGGAACAAAAAGUGUACCCUUUAUUGUUCCACCAAAGUUUCAUGGACGAGACUGGGUUGGCGCACAGAAUGGAGAACGUAUUCAAGAAGACAGCGAGCCUUAUAAUGCUCCAGAUUUCCUUCCACGAUCAUCCUUCUGUUCUAUGGGGGGAGCAUAUGUUUUGGGCUCCAUCAACCCAGCUUUGUACAAAUAUCCAGAUGAUAAUGAAGAAACAGACUUCCCUGAAGGAAAUAUCGGGCGCAUUUGGUUUGCUGUAGAGUAUGAACAUGAGACAGAGAGACUGGUGGUUUCUCUUAUUAAAGUAAGGAACCUUCACUUCAACUCAGACUCUUGUAAUCCAUUUGUGAAGAUGCAUCUCCUGCCUGAUGAAAGGCGUUCUCUUCAGUCAAAAUCAAAACGUAAAACCCUGAACCCCCAGUUUGAUGAAAACUUUGUCUUUCAGGUUUCUGGUAAAACAUUACAUCAGAGAAUUCUGAGAUUUUCUGUUUAUCAUGUGGAUAAAAUAAAGAAGCACCAUCUCUUAGGACAGGUUCUCUUCCCCCUGAAAAAUGAGAAUUUAACAGAUGAUGGCAAGCUUGUCAUUUGGCGGGAUCUUGAACAAGAGAGUUCAGAGCCACCAUCAGAGUAUGGAGACAUACAGUUUUCUCUAAGCUACAAUGACUACCUUGGACGUUUGACAGUAGUGGUACUGCGAGCAAAGGGAAUACAGUUCCAAGAGGACCGUGGUGUUGUCAGCUCAGCACUUGUUAAGGUGUCACUCAUGAAUCACAACAGGUUUAUUAAGAGUAAGAAGACAGCAGUAGUACUUGGGACUCCAAAUCCUGUGUACAAUGAAACUUUCAGCUUCAAGCUGGAACAAAGUGAAUUGGACACAGCAAGCCUGAGUUUUUCUAUCUUACAGAACAGUGAAGGAGAGAAGACUAAUCUGCUGGGCCGUGUUGUCGUUGGACCAUACAUGUACACCAGAGGUCGAGAGCUGGAGCACUGGAAUGAAAUGCUUAAUAAACCAAAAGAACUGGUCAAAAGAUGGCAUGCCUUGAGCAUCAGUACUUGA